AAUAAGUGACCGUGACAGAGACCCACAAUGUAACCUCCACUGCUCCAGAUCCCAGACCAAGCCCCUCUGUGCCUCGGAUGGCAGGACAUAUGAGUCAAUGUGUGACUACCAGAGAGCAAAAUGCAGGGACUCGAGUCUGAGUGUGGUUCAUCGAGGCAGAUGCAAAGAUGCUGGUCAAAGCAAAUGCCGACUGGAAAGAGCCCAAGCACUGGACCAAGCGAAGAAGCCCCAGGAAGCAGUCUUCAUUCCAGAGUGUAGUGAUGAUGGAUCAUUCACCCAAGUGCAGUGUCACACUUACACUGGGUAUUGCUGGUGUGUCACUCCAGAUGGCAAACCCAUCAGCGGCUCUUCUGUUCAGAACAAAACUCCUGUGUGUUCAGGUUCAGUAACUGACAAGCCAUUAGGACAGGGUAAUUCUGGGAGAAAAGUUUCUUUUCGAUUCUUUUUAACUCUCAAUUCAGAUGAUGGUUCGAAGCCAACACCUACCAUGGAGACCCAACCUGUUUUUGAUGGAGAAGAAAUCACAGCUCCCACACUUUGGAUUAAACAUUUGGUCAUCAAAGAUUCCAAACUAAACAGUUCCAGUAUGAAAAAUUCAGAGAAAGUUAAUUCUUGUGACCAGGAGAGGCAAAGUGCCCUGGAAGAGGCCAGACAGAACCCCCGCGAGGGGAUUGUCAUACCUGAAUGUGCUCCUGGAGGGUUGUACAAGCCAGUGCAAUGUCAUCAGUCCACAGGAUAUUGCUGGUGUGUUCUGGUAGACACUGGUCGUCCUUUACCUGGCACAUCCACACGGUAUGAGACCCCUGUGUGUGAAAGUGAUGCCAGAUCAAAGAGCACAGAAAUUGAUGACCCAUUCAAGGAUAGAGAACUUCCAGGCUGCCCAGAAGGGAAGAAAAUAGAAUUUAUUACCAGUUUACUGGAUGCUCUGACCACAGACAUGGUACAGGCCAUUAACUCAGCAGCACCUGCCGGAGGUGGGAGGUUUUCAGAGCCUGAUCCUAGCCACACGUUGGAGGAGCGGGUGGUGCAUUGGUACUUCAGUCAGCUGGACAACAACAGCAGCAGCGACAUCAGCAAGAGGGAGAUGAAGCCGUUUAAGCGCUAUGUAAAGAAGAAAGCCAAACCUAAGAAAUGUGCACGACGCUUCACAGACUAUUGCGACCUCAACAAAGACAAGUCUAUUUCACUACAAGAACUGAAGGGUUGCUUGGGUGUUGGCAAAGAAGGAGGCAGCAUUGGAACUUUCCCCCAUGGAAAAAGACAAGGUGUUAAUCCUUUCAUAGGACGCCUUGUCUAAGAGCUGAUGGGAAAGCAUGACACAAACAAAUGGAUGCACCAGUAGAAGGACAGGACAUGCUGACACCUGAGAAGACUCGUG